UUUUCCUCCUUUACUUUCCAACUUUUUCCUCUCAGAAGCCUCUAAUCUUCUUCAGAGACUUAGAGGCGGGAGUUCAAAACUCCCCCUGGCAUAGGCCAGGUAGGAGAAAUCCUAUAUCCUCUUUCCUCCUUCUCCUUCAAUUCCUUCCCUCUAUAUUAAUUAAAUUACCAUAAAUUUCCAGACUGACUUGGGAAUUUUAUUUGGUGACCAUUUAAAUCUAGAUUUAAAGUCACAACUCUAAAAUUAUCUGACAGUAUAGAACAUCUCUAUAACCAAAAGAGAUACAGAAGGAUGAUAACAAGAACAAAUGAUUAGUAUGUUUCAGCUACUGUUCUGGUGUACUGUGGUGGGAGUAUUGGCAAUAUAUUGGAGCUACUGUGUAAUCUACAACACAGUAGCUGGAAUGACUGAAAAUGCCAUUUUACUAUGACCAAUAUAACAACAGUUUGGACUCAAAUCCCUAUGGACAUGACUUUUCUAUGGCAAACUUUACCCUAACUGUAUGUAGCUUUCUUGGCAGCAGUGAAUGCUCUGAAUUACAUCAUAGAUGGAGCUAACAUUAUUUUUCACAAGAAGGCAGUCAAUACCCUAGUAAUUGACAACAGACUAGAGUCACUGUUUGGACAAAUGCCUAUCUUAACUGAAAUAUUCCAGGACUACAUGCUAAAGAAACAAUAGAGCAUGGGGAAGGGAACUGAUGUGGUGACAGGGGACGUGACAGGACAGACUAAUAAGGAUGUUAUAGUUACUAAUACUAAUAAUGAAACACCAUUAGGGGCAGUAGGGGGAAAUAACAAUGCAAAUGAUGCAGUGGCAUAUGGCAGUACUGCACCUGGAAAUGAAAAUACAGUAGGGACACAUAAGAUCAUGCCACUCCGAGAUGUAACUAAACUCAUGGAUAAUUCUGGGAUUCUUUAUGAUAAGGUCCAUAAGUCCCUUACUACACAGGAUUUGGAUUCAAUGUGGAUGUAGCAUCCCAAGCAUAUUCACAUCCAAGAAAUAUAAUUGAUGUAUAGAUAUUGUAUCUUCAGACACAAGGUUUGAACCAUGAUAUCUGUGGGUGGACUCUUGACCUAACCAUGCUGCCUUUGUUCAAGGCAAACUCAUUAACAUUUGGUGCUGAGUCAAAUUCCUUUGUAAAAGCACGGGUUGAAGUCAACAUGCCCAAAAGGUGUCACCAUUACCUUCCCAUCCAAUCUCAAUUAUCUAUGCUUUGUGGUCAUUGAUCCUGGCAAUCCCCAAUGAAGCCUGGGGUAAAGACAUGAUUCCUUCUUCUUGUUGCUACAAUCUUCAAGUUCUCACAACUGUCUCUCCCUUUACUAAGGCCUCUCUGGGCCACAUGCUUUCUAUCUCGGAAUCCUUACUUCCAUGUGUCUGCAAACUUCUCACAUUUUCCUUUAAUUCUUCUUCCAGGGAAAAUGUCAUACGUAUCACACCUGCCUUAUCAAUUACUUUGACUUCUCUGUGUCUCUCAUUCUUCACUCAUAUUCUCAGACUCCUCUCUCCUUCUCGAGUCCCAACCCACAAAGGAAAAAAAUCUUUUUAUAACCGCCACUGGCAGGUUAUAGUGGAGAAGAAUGCCAAGAUUUCUUUCAGAAUCUCAUCAUGCUUGGAAAGAAUGAAAAAGAUCAUUUUGUUUGUAUGAGCCUGAUUUUGGGGAUGUUGAGAUCCUUUUAUCAGAACUUUUUACACUCCAGGAACAUAAAAAUUUUAUGCAUGUUCUAGAGAAGAUUCCUCACUUGCCAGCUGGCUAGAAUCUUAUGAGGGUUUUGAUUUUUCAAGUCCCAGGAACAUGGCAUAUCUUAAAAGGUGCCUUGAGGAUUUACUACAGGCAAUAAGACAAUUAGCUGAAAGGCCAAAUGCAUGGGGAAAGAUCAAGAGGCAAAGAGCUAGUUGUAAUGAUGAACUUGAAAAACAUGGCUAGUAUGAGUAAGAGAUGACACUAUGAUGUCCUUCUUUAAAUAUGUUGCCCAAGAAUGCACAUACUAUUUUAUAUGUGACCUGACAAAGCAUUUUAAUUAGUACAGACUAAGAUUAUAACAGUAUUCAUUGGCUACUAAAUCACACCUCUAAUUUACAUUGAGUUUAAAAAAAUAAAAUUCCCCAACUUCUAUCUACCCAUGUCUCUUUCAUCCUUCACUUCUGUGGUUGAUUUUUUUUUGAGUCCAAGUUUAGAACUUAACAUUUAAUUUACAUUGGAUUUAAUCUUUUUGGAUUUGGCUUAUUUCUACAACAAUAAAACCUUUAAUGGAUCUUGAUUCAUUUGAUGUGUUAGCUAUUCUUUUAAGUUUAGUAUCAUCUAUGUAUUUGGUUAGAUGGCAUAUUCAUAUCUUUCUAAUUAAAUUGAUUAUUCAAAACAGUGCCCACAACAGAGACCUAUGGCAUACCACUACAGUUAUCUUUCCUGGUUGACAAUGGCUGUUACUCUGGGUGCAGUUAUUCAACUGGUUUAAAAUGAAUCUGUCUGAAUGAUUAUCUAUUUUAUAUCUUUCACACUUGUUCAGAAGGAUAUCAUGAAUGACUUUCUUAAGUAUCUUAGUGAAAUAAAGACAUACAUUGUCACUGGCAUUCCCAAGACCUGCCAUCAAAGUCAGAAAGUGAGUUGGUUUAUUGGUUAAAAUCAUGAAAUCAUUAACCUGGAAGGAUCCCAUAUGCCAUCUAGUUCAUCCUAUGUCCAGUAUGAAUCUGUUUCACAACAACCCUGAUAAAGGAUCAUGUAGUUUCUGUAUCAAAUCCUCAAUAAUAAUUUUUAGAGAUCUUAUUUCCUUUUUCGAAGACUCCAAUUGCUAGUAAGUUUUCACUUAUACUGUAUCCCUUUGUAAUGCUCACUCAUUAGAAUUAGUUUUAUGUUUUAGGGCCAAGCAGAAUAAGUGAAUUUUUAUUGAUACUAUUUGAGAAAUUGUGGAAAAUUGAAACAAUGUUGUAGGUCUAGAAAUGGGAAAAUGCCUGAGUUUCUAAACGAGGAAAAUUUAUAGACUCUUCAAACUCUAUACUUAUGAAUAUGUUACACUGGCUCUGGGCACAAUUUUUUUAUUGAAUGAAUUUGUUCCAUUUCCCCCAAAUAAUGGAACUCAUCCUGAGCUCUAGGGAGGACAAAGAAACCAGCAUCUUAUGUUAUAUUUGUUUUGUUAUGUUAUUUUGUUCUGAACAACAGAAGAAUAUGAAUGAAUCAUUGGUGACUAUGUUCCAGACACUGUACUAAGUGCUACUUUAACAUAGUGGGAAACAGUGAUCCUAAAGGUUCUGGUCGUCACAUUCUCAAGGAGUUUACAGUCUUGCUGCAAAGGAGGAAAUUAAAUUUCUGUAUAUGGGAGAUAAUGUGGAUGUAAAGGGAGGUAUACAUCUUCACAGCUUUGGGGGAGCAUGUUCCCUUUCACUUUCCCAUUGAGUUGAUAGUUGAUAGUUUUCUCUGAGCCUGACACAGCCCCUGAUGUUCCUACCACCUCAUCCCUGACACCCUGCUCAUAACUAAGUGGAGCUCAGAUCACCAAGACACUUUACUUGGCCACCUACCUUGGCCUUGACAGCAACAAUUCCCCUAACUCAAGGACCUGAUGAAGAUCUUGGACAGUGUGGGAAUCAGGAUGGAUGAGGAGAAGCUCAAGAAGGUUAUCAGUAAACUGAGUGUCAAGAACAUAGGAGACAUGAUUGUUUAGGGCAGUAGUAAGUUGACCCCCAUGUUGACUGGGGGUGCCAUUGCUAUUGCUGCCAGUUCUGGCUCUGCUACCUCAGCUUGGGGUACUUUACCUGCUGCUGCAGAGAAGGAAGAGAAAAAAAAAGAAGAAUCUGAAGAAUGUGACGAUGACAUGGGCUUUGGUCUCUUUGACUGAACACUCACCCCCAUCUCUGAGUGAAUAAAGGUUUUAUUUAAAAAGCAAAAAAAGAGAGUGGUUUAGGACUUUGCAAAGAACCAUGGGAUGACUGAAUUCCUUCUAGCCAGAGUUGAUGGCAAGAGGGCAUGAGGGUAAUUAUAGAGUUAUGGAAAACCUAAAACUCAAGCCACUCUUGGGGAUGAAAGGCAAAAUACAAUAGGUCCCAAUCAUUUACUGUUUAGAAACUUAAAACACAGAAGGAGGGGCAACAUAAAUAUUAUAUUUUAUUAUACUUUAAUGGUUUCUUUUGUUGUGCUUCAGUGGAGUGAUGUUCAUACUAGAAGUCCACUGAAGGAAAAAAAAUCACAGAUGCAGAUAAAACAAAUAGAUGUCAACUUUCUCUAAAGUCCUCCCUGUUGCCUAAUCAUGCUCUGAAGGUGACCCUGUGCUUUUUGAAGAUUCAAAAUAUCUACCAGUAGAGCAUAAACUAGAAAGGCUUCAAAUAAGAUUUCAGUAUGUUUGUCAUAAGGCCAAGACAAUAUUAAAGAAAGAUAGUCACUUUUUGUUAUUGUUUGGUCCUUUCAAUCAGAUCCAAUUUUUUGUUACCCAAUUUAGGAUAUUUUGGCAAAGAUUGUAAUGGUUUUCUAUUUCCUUCUCCAGCUCAUUUUACAUAUGAAGGAACUGAGGCAAAUAUGAUUAAGAGACUUGCCCAGGGUCACACAACUAAGAAAUAAGACCAGAUUUGAACUUAGAAAGAGGAGUCUUUCUGACUCCAGGACUAUGAUUCUAUCUACUGUACUCCCUAGCUGUACUAAGAGUCAUUAGUGAUUCAUUUUAUCAUUUUGGUUACAGCAACUCAGAGAGAUCACCUGCCAACAAAUGGAAAGCUUGAGAUUUGCACUGUUCAAAAGAAAAUCUCUAGGAAUAUUGCCAUGUAUCCUUAAAAUAUUGAAUAAAUGUUUCUUGAAUUAAUAAAGUCAUGAAAGUCACUGGGGCAUCACCGUUAUUAUACAAAUGUAUAUUUAUACUUUAGAGAUCAUAAAUGAGAUGAAGAGGAGAGAAAUUCCUCAGCUAGAUUAGUUGAGUAGUUGAUGCCAGGGUUCACACUGUGAAGAGUUAAGGGGGCUUUCUGAGAAAAUGAGAGGAGGAAAAAUAUUCAGUAUCUUCAAAAUCUUCAUAAUAAACCAAAGAAAGAAAGCUAUCGUCAGGGCUAGAAGUCCCUUUAUUUUACACAGUACUACCUGCAAGGAUUCUGUACCCCCAAAUCUCCCUAUUUAAUAGCCACGGUUGACAAAUAACAUUCUAGAUAUGGAGGAGUGAUUGUGGAUUGAACAGAUCCCAAGGAAUUAUACAGUUUUUCAUCUUGGACUCAGACUGAGUGACAGUUGAAAUCUAGCUCAAUAAAUGAUAAGAGGAAGUUUGUCAUGGAGGACUAUUAAAACCUUCAAAAAUCAUGUGGGGAUUAUAAAUAUGAGAUUCUGAUUCCAUCCUCUCAGAAAAUAUCUUCCUUGCUUACUUCCUCAACAGCUUCUACCCAAAGCUGGUCGUGUUUUAAAGGUGGGCUUUAGCAAUCCCUUAUGUCUAGAGCCUAUGCCAUUGCAGGUCUAGGUCAAAUGCCAAAUCGCCUAACCUGGGCAUUCAGGUGUUAAUUACAGUCCCUGCACCAGUGUACUCCCAAGAGAGGAUAGGAGGGGGUGGGGGAGAGAGCCUUAGUUUCUAGGGAAUCCCCAUUAAUCCCCUUUGAGUCCUGGAGGGGACUCCUAUCAGCUUUUCCUUCUGUCUGCCACCUACUUACCCAUACUCUCCCACUCAGUCCCCCAUGCUCAUUCAUCCAUCAGUAAUUCUAUCUUAGCCUUUCAAAUAUGCCCACUUGGUCAAACUUAGUGAAACCCACACACCUACAUUCACAUCCACUCUCCUUAACCUUUGAGUUAUUGAUACUUACUCUCUCCUUCUCUUACUGAGACCCUACACUCACCUUCUAAUAUUUGCCUAUUCAUUUUUCCAACCUUUACUGAAUCCUUCCAUUUUCCUACUAUUCUGAAUUCUUUAUACCCAAACAGUUCAGUCAUCAUCCCAACUCUUGUCCUCACUCAAUCUUAAUCAGACCCUUUCUUAACUCAUCUAUUUACUGUUUCUAAGUUUCUCACUUUCAUCCCACUGAGUACUUCACCCAGACCACCCAUAUUUAUCUGGGUGAACCAUUUGUCCCUUUCUACACUUAGCUUCAUUCCUUUUACUUUCCCCUUUUCUCCUUCCCAUUCUGAAGUGAAGUAUCUGUUUGUACUCUACAUGAUGGUGAGUGUACCAGGAAACUUUUGGGGGGCUUUUGGGGGGCAUAUUUCAAUAAGUAGCAAGAGACAAGGAGGGGGCAAAUUUGGGGAACAUAAAGGUUGAUAUGUCCUCAGAGGAAUUAGUAGGAUAGAGGUCUAGGAAAAUUUAUGGAGUUUGGGGAUCAGAAAGGCUGCUGAAUUUGUAUGUAUAUUAGGAGCAAGAUGGUGUUGAAAUCAUUUUGUCAGUAUACAACAUCCUAUGAUCACUUCUGAGCAUGAAAGUAGCUCUCAGAUAAUCCAAUUUCUUGAGAAUAAUAGAAUGUUAGAGCUGGAAGGGAUGGGGGGGGGGGGGCUUUGGAGAUGUUCCAGAUAAACUCUUUCACUUUAUGGAUGAAUGAAUUGUGUACCAGAAAAAUAAAGUGGUUUUCACACAGGAAAUGGAGUCUAGGCAAAGUUGUAAUGGUAGAAAUUUGACAAUCAGCUCUCCAGAAAAAAAUGCAUGAUAUACUUUCAAGUUUAAUCUGUAUUAUUAAUGUAUUCACCAUCAUUUUCUUAAGUGUAGACAUCAACAAAACUGUAAAUCAAACUGUCAUUUGUGGCAUCUGCAUCUUUCUAAGGAAUAAAUUCUCAUACUGAAAGUUUAACAAUUAACUCUUACAAAGUUAAAUAAGUCAGCAACCUGGGGAUGUUGCAAAUUCCCUCUUACUGGAGUUUCUCAAAUAGAUUCUACAUGGCCAUUUGUGGGGGAUUGUAGAGAAGAUUUGUUUUUAGGUAUUUGAGGUUUCUUCCAGCUAAUAUUCUGGUUUUUUGAGGACUUAAGGUUCAGUCUAUUCUUACUUAGAUCCUUGUUUCCUUCUUGUCUUGAGGUUCUGAAAGAACACUGGCUAGCCUCUCUAAAUUUCUUCCUUUCAAAUAGGAAGUGCUUAUCUUAGUGCUCUACCAUUGUCUUGUUUUGCAGCAGAAUCCAGAGGAUAAGAGAAUGGGACACAGGUGUGCUAUAUUUGGAUCUUUGAGUACACGCUAAAAUGAUAUUUAUCUAUUAGGGUGCUCAAUAUUUCAUUUUUCUUAAUAUUUCCUUCCUUCAAAAGGAAGCUAUUUUAUCUCAUUUUCUUUUAAAGAAUGGUUAAAAUGUAGAGGGGAAGAUUAACUAGGAUUCCAAGUCCAUGAGAAUUAUAAACUAGUGCAUAAGCAAGGGAAUUUCUGAAUCAUUCAUUCCUCAGUCUAGUUAAUCAGAUCUAGUUCAUCCUCUGUCAUCCAAGAAAAAUAGCCUUGUUUCAAUUCAGCCAAAUGGGAAUUUGGACUCAGGGAAACCUAUUUGCUCUACAAUAUUUCUCACAGUUAUCUUGUUCUUCCUUUAAAUAACCUGUAUUUCUACUGCUACAGGUUAAUCCCAUUCCCUAGGAUAUAAAAAUCAGCUGAGGCUUAUUCUUUUUCCUCAUACAGAGAUGCCAAACUUGAGGAGAUGAUGUUACCCCAUGAUUCACUACGUCAAUUGUGGAGCUGCUAUCGUACUUCCCUGGGCUCAGGGUUUUUGAGUUAUGGAUGCUUUUAGGGUCCUCUCUUCCUGUGGGCAGAACAAGAAGGAAUGGGCUGAAGUUGUAGCAAUAUGGAUUGGAUGGAGUGAGGUAAAAAAUGCUGUUUUGCAGUAAGGAGUAUGAGAUAUUGUAAGAUCUGUCACUUCCUUUUCCUUCCCUAACCCAAGUUAUGGGCAAGAACCAACCCUGAGAUGAACUGAGGUUUGAACAGGGAUAGAUAGAAGUGUAAGGAGAUGGAGAUGAAGUGGCUAGAAAGGAGGAAGUCUUUUUUGUUUGUAUGGAACAUAAGACUUGAUAUGUGUUUGCAUGUAAUUAUGUCAGUAUGAGUGCUUCCUUGUGUAUAGGCAUUUGUGUAUAUAUAUAUAUAUAUACAUAUAUAUAUAUGCAUCUCUGUGCAUAUUAUAUGCAAACAAAUGCCAGUUGUAAGUCUUUAAUAUGGGCAAAAGGGGAGGAGGAUAUGUGUCAGUGUGUUAGAGGUUCUUUAUGGAGAAAGAGCAUGGGACAAAUGAGGGUCAGUAGGAUUACUGUAGUAUUUGGAAGUAGCCACAUUGGAGGUGAAUGAUGUCCAACUUAGAAACCAUAAAGGCAAGAUUUAAUAAGGACCCCAAGGUUGUCGUGACUCCUAAAAUUUCCUUAACUUUUUUGACUGAAGUUCCAUGUUGGAGCACCAUUUUGACUAGUGUUCCCCAUUAAAUAGAUAGAUCAAAUAUUUAUAAGUGCUUAUUAUAUAUGAGGUACUGUUUUAAAUGCUGGCAACAGAAAACCAAUAAAACAAAGUAAUCUCAACUCUCAAAGAGCCUCCCUUAUAUUGGAGGAAGAAAAUACAUCAAGCAAUGCUGAAAAGCUAGAGUGGGGAUAGGCACUGGAUGCUAGAGCAAAGUGAUCAAUAGGAAUGAGAUUUCUAAUGGUCAUGGAACCAACAAUCAUCCAGUUAGUCCCUGGGUGGAUUUGUCCUCAGGGCAGAAAGAAGGAUAAUUUAUAAGUGAGGCAGAUUGAAGAAUGAGCUCUAAGGGAAGUGAGCAUUGUGGCUGAAACUUCUGAUAAUAUGGCAAGUGCUUCAUCAUUGUCAUUGGAUAUACCAGCACAAAGCAGUUAGCUUUACUAGGCUGUCUAGCUCUCACAGUUACAGAUGUUUUUUAAAAUAAGAAGUAUAUUAAUGAUUAAAUUACACAGCAGGAGCUUAGAUGUAGGCUAGAUGACCUCUGAAGCAAAUAUUUGGGUAAGUUAUGAUGAUUUGUUUUUUUUUUCUUUUUAAAGACUAUUUAACAUACAUUUAUUAAUGUCUAUUAUGUGUAAGCUAUUGGGGAAAUAAAACCACUAUCAAUAUUGUCCUUGCUCUGCAGGUAUUUAUAUUCUGUUGGAGGGCUGUAUGAGUAUGUGUCUAGAUAUAAUAUGUACCAUUUCCCCCUUUUUGUGAACACAUCUUAAACUGGGGGAUAAAAUCCAAACAUCCAAUUCAUCUAUAAAAUUUUAAAAAUCAUAUCUAGUCUGUAAAACAAAUAUCCCUUGUUGAGGGAUGCUGAAUAAAUUUUUGAGAAGACAGGGUCAAUUUAUUUUUCAAUAAGGAAAAUACUUUAAAGUAGUGUAUUUUAGUGCUUUGAAUCUCCCAUAACUCAAUCUUAUGUGCUACUCUAUCUUUCAGUGAUUGAUCUUUGAAUCUAUUCCCCUACUCUCAUAUCCUCUGACCCCUCUCUCCUUCCUUUCCACAUAAUUCUUUGGCUCUUUCUCUGCAGGUGACAUGUACAACAUGAAAAACUCCAAUGUCACCUUUCUUAACCCCCUAUAUUUCACCCUGCUUGGAGUCCCUGGUCUGGAGUCUGUGCAGCACUGGAUAGGGAUUCCAUUUUGCAUCAUGAUCCUCCUUGCUCUUAUGGGAAACUGCACCAUCUUGUCUGUCAUCUGGAGGGAUCCAUCCCUCCACCAACCCAUGUACCUUCUCCUGGCAAUGUUAGCCAUCAAUGACCUUGGUAUUUUCCCUGUUUUAUUCCCUAAAACUUUGGCCAUUCUCUGGUUCGACAUCAAAGAGAUUGAAUUCAAUGUCUGUCUGACCCAAAUGUUCUUUGUGCAUGUCCUGGCAGGGUUUGAAACUGGGAUCCUGGUAGCCAUGGCCCUGGAUCGCUAUGUGGCCAUAUGCCGCCCUUUAAGGUACACAGCUAUCCUGACCCCACACGUCCUUCUGGGGAUUGCAGUAAUGGUGGUUGUGAGGGCUGUGCUUCUCAUCUCGUUCUGCCCCAUACUUAUCAAACUGAGGCUAACAUCUUUCCACUCCACAGUGGUAGCUCAUUCUUACUGUGAACACAUGGCAGUGGUGAAACUGGCUGCAGGUGAUACUCGAGUCAACAAGUUCUAUGGUUUGGCUGUCGUCAUGACUUUUUGUUGGUGCGAUAUUUGCUUCAUUUCUACUUCCUACAUUCUUAUCUUCAGAGCUGUCAUGAGGUUGCCAGGGAAGGAGGCCAGGGUCAAAGCAGCCAAUACCUGCACUGCCCAUAUCACCAUUAUUGUACUCAGCUAUUCACUGGCCCUCUUCUCCUUCCUGGCUCACCGAUAUGGCCACCGCGUGGCUCCUUAUGUCCACAUUUUGCUGGCCAACAUUUACCUCUUGGUACCACCUGUGGUGAACCCCAUUGUCUAUGGAGUGAAGACCAAAGAGAUUCGAAUUCGUGUGAUCACCAUGUUCUCCCUUCAGAGACAAAAGUCUAAAUCUUGACUCAUUUAUGUGGCAGGAUAUAUAACCUAUGAAGUCAAGAGGCAUUUGAUCUUUGUCCCUGGACGAAUUUUUCUAUCCUUAUUUCUAGAAAUAAAUGUCUAAAUAAUAUGAAUUCUGAAUGAUAUUCUGACAGACCAAUGAAAGACAACUCUUUCAUUCCAUAACAUUGGGUUUUUAUAGUUUUAAGGACUAUGCCCAAAUCAAAAAUCUUGGGUAUGCUAGAAAUAAAUUCUUUCAAAAGGGCAAAGAAAUAUAAAAGCAACAUGGCAAUAAAGCGGUGGCAAAUGAGGCAGAAUGAAAGGUGAUGAGCAUUUUGGAGUAGCAUCUGUUUAAAGUAUAGAAAUAAGAGAAACUCCCAAGACAGUUUAUUUGGCAUUAAGUCUAUCUAUGAGUGAAUUCAUCAUAUUAGAUAACAACAUGUAUAAGAGGACCAUGAAUGGAAUGGGUAUAAUAAUGCAGCAUGGUCAGUGCUCACUUCUCUCUUGAGCUUAUGGGGGCUAUCAUGUGAAAGGAAAGGCAAAAAAGUGAUGAUCUUGAACCUGAGGAUUCAGUUCAAAGCUUCUUCUUUCCCCUGUCCUUUGAAAAAAUGGUAUGCAAAUCAAAUCAGUUAACAGGGACAUUUAUUAGUAAAAUCCAUACCCAGUGGAGCCUUGUGUUUCUUAUACUGUUGAGGUUGUAGAUACUGAAGCCAAUUCUUCAGAGCCUGAAUAUUUGGUGAUUUAUUAUCAGGCUUUAUGGUAAUCCAACAUGUCUCUGUGGAUCUAGACUUGAUCCAAAUUGGGUAUAUAAAUCAUGCUGCCUCAUAGUUUAAACAUCCUUCACUGAAACUGGAAUUAGAAUUACUGAAAGUUGAAAAACCCAGUUUAGAGCUUCUUGUCUCAAGUAAUAGCCAUGAUUAUCCAUGAUUUCCUGUUUCUUGUAAAAGUAGGAGUUUUGGGGGCCAUUCAAUAAAUACUACUAAUGUAAAUGAAGAUUCAACAUUCCAUUUUCUCAUCACAAUCAUUGAAUGUCAUAUCUAUAAGAAAUCUCAGAAAUGAACAAGUUUAAAACUGUACUUGAAAAAAAAUCCUCUACAUUUUAACCAAGCAUAAGAUGGGAGCUGUUGGGAUUACAGUUCAAUUUUCCAAAUGUAAUUUGAUUUGUUCUCUUCACAUUAAAAUCAGAACCAAACUCAUCAUUAGAAUGGCUAAUAGAGAAAUAACAUUAUUUUUUUUCCUUGUCCAUUUCUAGAAUUGAUUCAGAAUCAGUAUCAUAUGAUGUGGAAAUGCUUUUCUCUGAUUUGGAUGGCAAUUCAUCUAUAAUUUAUAGUCUUAGAAAUCUUCUUGGGGACACAGAAAAUUGAAAUGAUAUUAAACUAUUUAAACUAAAACUAACCUAUGGAAAUAAAAGAAAAGAAAAAAAGAAAAAAGACAAUGGAAUAGCCCCCAAAAUACCCUUAAAAACUCAAACUAUGUAGUGCAUUGGCUAGCUGGAUCUGGAAUUUGGAAGAUCUGAAUUUACUUAUAGCUAUGUGACCCUGAGUAAAUAAUUUAACUUCUCUUUGCCUCAGUUUCCUCACCUGUAAAAUGGGGAUAAUAGUAUCCAUCUUUCCUUUAUGAUUUUUUUUGUGUGACAUGUCUUUCACAACAUGAUGAAUAUAAGUAUGUAUUGCAUGAUAGCACAUAUCUAAUCUAUCUCAUAUUACCUGCUGUCUUGGGGAGGGGAGAAGUAGGAGACAGGGAGAACAUGGGUCACAAAAUGUCAGAAAAUUAUUAUAAAAAUUGAAUCUACAUGUAAUUUGGGAAACAAAAUAUAAUAAAAAAAUUAAAAGCAUCCAGAUUCCAGGGUUAUCAUGAGCAUCAAAUGAGGUAUUUGCAAAAUGAUUUGUACACCUUAAUGUGCUAUAUAAAUAUUGCUUUUGUUAUUAUUGUUGUUAUUAUAUCUAACCACAGUCUUUAGGCACCUAGGACACUUAAUGGAUAUAACACUGGAACUGGAAUCAGGAAGACCUAACUUCAAAUCCAGCCUGAGAUGCUUAUUACCUUUGUGACUACAGGAAUACCACAACUUUUGUUUUCUUUAGAUUUAUCGUUUUUAAAAUGGGGAUAAUAAUAUUACCUCCCUCUCAGGGUUGUUAUCAGGAUAAAAUUAGCUAAUGUUCAUAAAGCACUUUGAAAAAUUUAAAGCAUUAUAUAAAUUCUAUUAUUAUAAAAAAUUUAAAGCAUUAUAUAAAUACUAAUAUAGUUAUAAUUGUCCCCAGAUCUGAUUAUAAAACUUCUUUUAAAAAUCAUGA